UCCAUUGCAGGAAGUAGGUGAAGAGUCAAAGCAAACUCUGACAAUUUACCUGCACAAACGCUGAGUUUUCCUCCAUCAUGUCCGCGCCUCUGUCGUUUGCUAGAAAGGUUGUGCUUGUGACCGGAGCUGGCGGUGGACUUGGGAGGGAAUAUGCCUUAGCUUUUGGAGAGCGAGGAGCCGCUGUUGUUGUAAAUGACCUUGGGGGUGAUGCAAAGGGAGGUGGAAAGAGUUCAGCUGCUGCCGAUAGAGUGGUAGAAGAGAUAAAAGCUAAAGGUGGCAGAGCUGUGGCAAAUUAUGAUUCAGUAGAAGAUGGUGAAAAACUAAUCCAGACUGCUUUGGAUGCAUUUGGACGACUAGAUAUUUUGAUCAACAAUGCCGGGAUCCUGCGUGAUCGAUCUUUUGCUAGAACCAGUGAUCUUGACUGGGACCUCAUUCACAGAGUGCACUUGAGGGGUUCAUUCUUAGUCACUCGCGCAGCAUGGAAUCACAUGAAGAACCAAAAAUUUGGAAGAAUCAUCAUGACCUCAUCGGCUUCUGGAAUCUAUGGGAACUUUGGCCAGGCAAACUACAGCGCUGCCAAGCUGGGCCUCCUGGGUCUGGCCAACACUCUGGCAAUUGAAGGCCAGAAGUACAACAUCCACUGCAACACCAUCGCGCCUACUGCAGGCUCACGUCUCACUCAGUCCAUCAUGCCACCAGAUCUGGUGGAGUCUUUGAAAGCGGAGUACGUGGCUCCUCUUGUCCUGUGGCUCUGCCAUGAUCAGUGUCAGGAGAACGGGGGCCUUUUUGAGGUUGGGGCUGGCUGGAUCAGCAAAUUGCGGUGGGAGAGAACUUUGGGCAGCAUUGUCCGUCAUAAAAACCAGAGCAUGAGCCCAGAGGACGUCCGUGAUAAGUGGGACCAGAUCUGUGACUUCACCAAUGCCACCAAGCCAACUACUAUUCAAGAGUCAAUGCAGUUACUGGUGGAUGUGCUGUCAAAAGUGGAGGCUGAGAAAGGAAUUAGAGCCAAUCCAACCAGUGCCAUGAUUGCAUCAUCUGGCAUAAACCCUACAGAGGCUGUUGGGAAGGUGCUUCCUGAGAUGACAUUUAGUUACACUCACAUGCACUGCAUCUUAUACGCCCUUGGAGUGGGAAUGACUACCAGAGAGCUCAAUCACCUCAAGUUCCUGUAUGAAGGUCAUGAGGAGUUCAGCUGCCUGCCUACAUUUGGAGUAAUCUCAGCUCAGGCGUCAAUGCUAAACGGAGAACUUGGCUCUGUUUCAGGGCUUAAUUUCGACCUCACAAGGCUCCUACACGGAGAACAGUACUUGGAGGUGUACAAACCUUUGCCUACUUCUGGAACAUUGACCUCAAAAGCAUCAGUAGCAGACAUCUUAGACAAAGGAUCUGGCGCAGUCAUACUAUUGGAUGUUUACACUUACAGCAAGCAGGAGCUGGUCUGCUACAAUCAGUUCUCACUGUUUAUUGUGGGUGCUGGGGGAUUUGGAGGAAAGAGAACAUCAGAUAAAGCUGUGGCCACAGCUGCACCACCAAACAGAUCACCAGAUGCAGUCAUGGUUGACGUAACCACCAAAGAUCAGGCUGCUUUGUACAGGUUGAGUGGUGAUUGGAACCCUCUUCAUAUAGACCCAAGCUUUGCAGCAAUGGGAGGUUUCAAAUCUCCUAUACUGCAUGGACUGUGCUCAUUUGGAUUUGCUGCUCGGCAUGUCCUGAAGCAGUAUGCUGGAAAUGAUGUUUCCAGAUUCAAGUCCAUUAAGGUACGAUUUGUGAAGCCGGUGUUCCCAGGCCAGUCUCUGCAGACAGAAAUGUGGAAAGAGGAAAACCGAAUUUAUUUCCAAUGCAAAGUGAAGGAGACAGGAGAUGUUGUGUUAUCUGGUGCGUACGUGGAUUUACAUGCAGCUCCCGAUGCUGUUGCCAGCACUUCUCCAACAGAGACCAGUGGACUUCAGAGCGACUUGGUGUUUGCUGAAAUCGGACGCCGGAUCAAAGGCAUGGGUGCUGAACUUGUGAAGAAAGUUAAUGCCAUUUUUGGCUGGGAAAUUACCAAAGGAGGAAAAACAGCUGCCCAAUGGACCAUUGAUCUAAAAACAGCACAAGGUGCGCUCCAUAAGGGUCCUUACAGUGGCAAAGCUGAUGUGACAAUUACUGUGGCUGAUGAGGAUUUCAUGGACGUAGCGUUGGGGAAGCUCAACCCUCAGAAGGCCUUUUUCGCUGGCAAAUUGAAAGUCAGAGGGAAUAUCAUGCUGAGCCAGAAACUGGAAACAAUACUAAAGGAUUACGCCAAGCUGUGAUACACCAAACAACCUAGUGCCUGGAGAAAUGCAGACUGCAUGACAGUUUUACUGAGGGUGUAUGAUUGUUGAGAUUUAAAAUUUAGCAUUUACAAAUCCUCAACAAGAGUAAGAAAUUACAACACUAAUGGAGAAUAGCAAAAUAUGGUAAGAAUAUGAUCUAAACUCAAUUAAAAUUAAAUGAGUUUUUUUGGGUCUUUAUUGUGCCUGGAUUUCAGUAUAUUGAACGUUUAGCUUUUUUUCCCGUUAGUCACAGUCAGGCUUUUGUUCAAAAGAAAUCUGAACUAGAAAAAAUGUUUCCCAAAUCUGUCACUAAACAGUGGUCAAAGCUGAUUAAGUAAUUAUGUAGUCAGGAGAUUAUUGAUAGGACGUAUUGGAAUAAUAUUCAUAACAAUUGAGUAACUUUUGUGACAUAAAACAAAGCAUAAUUGAUCAACAGUUAUAAAAGACUAAUAAUUUAUAGUAAAUCUGGUCUAUUAAAGGUAAUUCUUAUUUCUGUACUUAAAUUAAAUUACUGUGCAUGUAAUAUGUUAAUAAUUUCUAAUAAAUCUGACCUUUGUGGAAUACCUAAAGAAAA